AUGGGAGUUUUCAGAACCAGAUUACUGCUCUGGCUUUUGCCCGGGAUGGUGACUGGUGGAUUGGUUCGCCGAACGACUGAUGAGCAAGAGGAAAUGCCCUGCAGUACUUAUACCCUAGACGGACUAAUCUAUCUCGACUGCAAUGAGAGAGGGCUUAGUGAACUACCUGAAGGCUUGAACUAUGAGUCACAAGUGCUCAUUUUAACGAACAACAACUUCGCAACGUUUCCGUCGCAAUUGGAAAGCUUCACGCGCGUGCAAGUAUUGGAUCUAUCCGGUAACCAUUUGAACGUGCCGUUGCCCAGCUACAUAGAAAAUUGGACCAGCCUAAACACGCUUAAUUUAUCGAACAACAAUUACGAAAGUUGGCUAAACGAUGGCCGCCAAUACAAAUUCAGAAGACUGGAUCUGUCGAGGAACAAAAUAAAAAACAUUGAAGAAGAUUCGUUCAGUGGAAUGACCAAUUUGUAUUUCUUAGAUCUCUCUGAGAAUAGAAUAAACGAGUUUUCUCCGAAACUCCUUACGGCGGCAAAAAGUUUGAACACACUCAGAUUAAGUCGAAACUAUUUGUCUGAAUUACCGAAAUUUCAAUCGAAUUCCCUGAGGAGUCUUCAUCUAAGCUAUUGUUUGAUCACAAACUUACAGGUCGAUUCUCUGUCAGAAAUGACUUCGCUGCUCGAAAUCGAUCUAUCUUCGAACCAAAUUGAAAGCAUACCAGAUAAUUUUUCGUCCAACACUCUCCAGGAAUUGGACUUGAGCUAUAAUGAAAUUGGCUCGCUAACUGACCGCACGUUCUCGUCACUACCCCACUUAGCGGUAUUGAACUUGAGAGGGAACGAGUUCAGGGAGGUUUGGUCCACCUCACACUUCGCCUCGAAUCCAUUUCUGAGGGAAGUCCACGUGAAGGGAAACCGAUGGAACUGCGAAGGCUUUAGCGUCAAUCUUUUGCUCACUUACGAGUUCCUCACGAAAGAACCUUCGAAAAUUCACGAUAGAGCUUCCUUGAUUUGCUACGCGCCAUCGAACGUGACUCAGCUGAGUUGGCAACAGGCGUACAUACAAACUUGGCACCCCAACGCGUCUACAGUUGAAUCUUAUACGACACUGGCAGCUAUGGUCGGUAUUAUCAUUGGUAUAGUGGUGACAUCGUUAAUUUGUCGGGGCAUAAUUGCUAUAAACAAACCGGAUCCUCCGAGGCCUGAAACUGAGACGACUAUUGUGAAUCUCAACGGAACGCCACAAUCGCGGGCCGAGUCGGUCGUGAUGAGAGUGCCUCUGCGUGACGAGGACCUGCCUCCGACUUAUGACGAGGCUCUGUUGAUGCCACGAUUGAAUUCGUCAUUCCAUUCACUGCCCGAUUUUGUGGACGAUGAACCUAGUCAACGUUCUCGGAGGUCAAGAUCUAUUGGUGAUCUUACGGAGCACAGGCCGAGAGUGAACGAUCGACGAUCUGUCAGGCGAACCGUCGAAAUUCAUAUAACCUGA